AUGUCCGACCCGGGCCGUGCCGUGUCGGUGCCGCCCCACACCGACCGCCAGGACGUGCUGGUGCUGCAGACGUCGGGCCGCAAGCGCUGGACGGUCUACGCGCCCACGCCCGUGGGCGAGGCGGACCCGCUUCGGCGCGGCAAGGACGGCGACGCCAUCUGCCGGGAUUCGCUGGGCGGGCCGCUGCUGGACGUCACGCUGCUGCCAGGCGACCUCCUAUAUGUGCCCCUUGGCUUCCCGCACGAGACGUCCACCGUGUGCACCGCCAGCUGCGGUCGCUCGCGGGAAGAUGGCCCGGCCGCGCUGGACCCUUCUGUGCACAUCACCGUGAACGUGGACUCCCUCAUCCCCAUCUGGGGCCUGUCCUACCGCCUGCUCUGGGCGGCCGCGCAGCGCGGGGCUCGCCUGCACGCUGGUCUGGCCGACGCGCCCGAGGAAGCGGCCUCGACCGCGGGCAUGUCCUGGGAGAGGUACAGCGCGCUCCAGUCGCCCCUGCCGCUGGGCUUCCUCGAGGGCGCCGUGAGCGCGCCCGCAGCUGCCGACGCCCGCGAGCUGCGGCGGCGCGCGGCGACGUGGCGCGGUCUGCCUUCCGACGCGGAGGAGUUCUCCGCGGUGGCGGACGACCACGUUGCCGCGGCGGCGGGGAUGCUGCUGCGCCACAGGGAGGCAGUGCUGAGGCUGCACAGGCAGAUGUACCUGGACGUGCUGCUCGGGCUGUCCAGCGCGCCGCCGCUGGAGCGGGAGAUGGGGCACUGGGCGCUGCUGCAGGAGCAGAUGGCCGCGCUCCGGUCGGAGAUGGGCUGGGGCUGA